AUGGCUCCUCUGAACCUUUCAAACACGUUUGAGGAGAGAGAAUCGCCCGAACACGGUAGAAUGGCAGGUAACUCAGACCUCCGAAACUUGCAAAGAUAUCGCCAAACAGACCAAUUACUCCUACCCCUCCUAACUUCUCCCCUCAUCCUUGGCCAGUCAAAGACAAUUGUUAUAGCUGUCUCAAGAUUCAUAUUUGAGAGGGGUUGUAUACAUGUAUGCAAUAACUGA